AUGGCACAGGCUGCCGUACCGCCGCUGCCCUCGCUCGCCGCUUUCCUCGAGCGCUUCUCCGCCCUCGUCUUCUCCCCCUUCUGUCCGCCAUCCAUCUUCGUCCACUCGCCCAGUGACUCGCCCAUCUUGCUGCCAGCCUUGCAGCAAGUGCUCAAUUCCGCCAUCCAGCCGUCCGAUGCGCCCGCGAGCGACCCGCCCACAGUCGAGCAACUCCUGCCCAAAGUCGCGCACCUCGACCUCUCGGAAGUGCACUCUGUCAAGGCUGCUUUCGACCGAAUCUUGAGCCAGCUAAGUGGGUGGGAGCUUGCAGACGGAACUGCUUGGGAAGAGCGAGACGGCGGGAUCAAGGGUUGGGAUGGCAGUAUGGACGGGAUCAAGGUCGUCAAGCGGCGAAAGACGAAGCGGAAGGCGGGUCAGGCUCUCGAAGGCAGGACCGCAAAGCGCGCGCGGCGAGAAGACUCGGAGGAUCUUUAUGCGGCGCCGGACGAAGAUGCGGGGGAGGCGGAGGACCCGGAUGACGGAGACGAGGCGGAGUGGACGCUCGAAUGGGACGCCGACGCUCGCGCUGCGGCCGACAAGCCGACUCUUGCGCCACUGCGGAACACCGUCGACGCCAUCCACCACUCCUUGCGGACCAUCUACUCGGCUUCGUCUUCUGGUGACUCCUUCACCACCGAUCUACUCGCGGACCCGACAUCUGUCGACAAUCUGCCUCGCCGACGGUUCAUCCUCGUCGAGCACGGCGAGCUGCUGAGCGAAGUUGCGGGAGGUUCGGGUACUGGCGGGGGAGUAGCGAGGGAAACGGGCGUCGGCUUGACCUUCGCGAGCACUAUGCACAGGUUGGCGGAGCUCACGGGCUUGCCGAUCACGACCAUCCUCGUCUCGAAGCUGCCUUGGCGGAAAGCGCGAGAAUCGAUGGUCGGGCUGGUCUCGCCAGAAAUCCUGACGUUUGAGGACAUCUCCGCCGCAGACACGGUUACCCUCCUCACCGACCGCUUCGCCGCCUCUCCCGCCUCGCAUCCUUGCGAAGCUGACGCGCUCGACCACGACCAGCUCGUCGAACUUUUCCGCUCGCUCGCCCUCAUCGUCAAGACGACGUUUGGUAAGGCUGUCAACGAUUUCGAGGACUAUGCGUACCUGUGCACGAAGUUCUGGCCGCGGUGGAAAGACGUGAGGGAGAAGAGCAAUCCUCCCAUCGCACCAAGCGACACGGCUCGACUGUCCAUCGCCCUCAAGAGCGACUUUGCACAAGAACUCGACCGGCUCUUCCUCCCACGCUUGUCGCAGGCGGCGCCGACGAGUGCUCCGGCCGCACCUACUGCUUUGACCGCGGCAGCGCAGGCAGCACCGGUGCUCGGCUUCACCGGUACCAUCUCUGCCUUGCCUAAGCAACCGACCUACCUCGACUCGCCAGCCAAGACCGGCAACGACUUCUUUGCCUCGGCUUCUACUUCAGCCUCGCCUGCCCGACCAUCGUACCAGGACGACCCCUUCGCAGCGCCCGCAGGGCCAUCAACACCAAUCCGCAAACACGCAGUCUCGGCAGCGAACGUCUCCUCCGGCUCUGGCAACCUCUUCUCGCCCUCUUCCGCCACGACCAGCCGCAACAGCAUCUCGCAACUCUCGCUGGCCAAGUCGCUACCGAUCGCGUCGCGCUACCUCCUCAUUGCAGCCCACUUCGCCGCCAACAAUCCGCCGAAGAGCGAUGUCAGGAUGUUCGUGAGGGUUGAUGAGCUCGAGGGUGUGGCGAAGAAGGGCAAGAAGGCGAGGAAGGCGAGCGCGAAGAAGGCGGGGCAGAGUCCGACAAAGGGCUCCGCCUCUGUCCUCCUUCGCGGCGGCAAGUCGUUCGCCUACGAGCGCCUGAUCGCCAUCUUCGAAUCCAUCGUCGACUUGCGCCUCGAAUACGCCCUCGGGACCACCUCUAUCGCCGGCCAAGUCCAGACACUCCUGCACCUGCGCCUCCUCUCGCGCGCUUCGAGCGAGAACAACACGGAGAAGAUCCUCGACGGCGUCAAGCUCAAGUGCGGGCUGGCGAGGGACACGGUGGAUGCGCUGGCGGUCAGCGUUGGCUGGAAGGAGUGGAAGGAGAGGCUUGUUGGCGACGACUCCUAA